AUGGAUAUAAAAAGCUGGUUAAGAACUGUUCUCCAACAUUAUCAAAACCCAGAACGAACUUUUCGAGAUGUUGAUGCAGUGCUUCAAAUGUAUUUGUCAUUAAAGCCCAAAAUGGACACUUACACCUCAAAUGAAGGCCAUACACAGCUCCUGCUAUGUUUGCAUGGUACUGUUCCUAUAACAUACCGAUCCAUACCGUACAAUAUCCCCGUUGCAUUUUGGAUUCCUAAAGAAUAUCCUAAAAUUGCACCUAUACCAUACGUAAAACCGACAGCCAAUAUGUUAAUAAGAGAAGGUAGACAUGUGGACAAAAGCGGCAUGUGUUAUCACCAUUAUAGAUCAACCUGGUCGGACGAUCAGAAGCAUACACUAUUGGAACUUGUAGCUAUAUUACAACAAGUAUUCGCUCAAGAACCGCCAGUAUAUGCUAAACCGAUAAGCACAUCAUCAGCAGUAACGGGCGCAGGAGCAGGAGCCAACAGAUUGACGCAAAUACAACCAAUAUUACAAUAUGAUGGGCAAUUAGAUCGGCUGGCGUCACAGCGACUAUCAAUGCCUUCACCAUCUGUGAAUGGCAGUAGUCCAGCAACAGCACAUGCCUCGCCGGAUAAUGGAAUGAUGGAUAGUACAACAUUGUACAAUAUAAAUCAAGGGUUAGCUGUAAGUGAAUCAAUGGCAAUGCGGAUAGUCUUUUUUUUUGACUUUUUCGCAUUAGGGAGUGUUUACACAUCAUUCUAA